UAGUAGGCUAUGAAAUUCUAGGUCGUCAGCAAUUUAGGAGCAGGAAUCAGUCUUGCAACUAUUUUCGUGGCGAAAAGUAAUCCGGAAAAAUCGAAGAAUAAUUUUUUUCCCCUACUAUUUCAAAGAAGAACGCAAAAUGCCAGUCCGUUCAAAGUUACAACCGAUAAGAAAGCGCAGGAUGACCACAGGUGGAGCCAACCCUUUGCCUGCUCACGUUGCAGAGAAAAUCAAGCAGCGCAAUUUCUAUGAGAACAUUGAUAACAUUGGUAACCAAGUGCAGAUCAGACGUCCUGCAAAUAGUCAAAUGUUUGUGGACAGGAGCAAUUCUCGUGACUGGAAUGACAGCAAUUCCAGGGGUGGUCUUACACCACCGCCACCCGAGAAUCUCAAUUGGGGUUCCAGUUUCGGACGCUCCUUGAGCCAGGACUUGUUCAAUGAGUCCAAUACGCGUAUGCCGAAUGACAAUUUCCAGCAGGAAAGUCCCAAUCCAAGUGGUUUUCGCACUAUGGAGGAUUCGUAUUAUCGCACCGUUCAGGCAGCUCAACCUCGCAUGGAUAUGGAACGCAGCAUAAAUGAAUACCAAUCCCAAUCCCAAUCCCAAAUUGGCAAUACACAUCCUCGCAUGAACAUGGAUCGCAACAAUUAUGAACUCCAAUUCGGGAAUAGCCAUGCUCGCAUGAAUAUGGAUCACAACAAUUAUGAAGCCCAAUAUGGCAAUAGCCAAAUGAAUUUGGAUCACAACAAUUGUGAAACCCAGUUUGGUAAUAGCCAUCCUCGCAUGAAUUUGGAUCGCAACAAUUGUGAACCCCAAUUUGUUAAUAAGCCCACUCGCAUGAAUAUGGAUCGCGAUGAGGGUUUCAAUACGAGCGGCUAUCGGCGUUUCGAAUUGGACAUCUUGGAACCACCAUCUCAAUUCAAGAAUGCCAGGGCCGAAUUUGAAUGCCGAGGACUUAGUCAUGAUGACAAUAAACAUGCUGAACGUGAGCCAGUCGCACGAAGUCCUCAUAUAUUGGACAAGAUGUUCACCAUUGGGGGCUUUAAAAUGCCCUACGUGACCUAUUUGGUCAACGAACCUUAUGCAUCGGACAUGAGAUCAUAUGCAGUGCGCUUUUUCAAGAAAUCGCCCGACUAUAUAAUACGCCAGAAUAAGUCCGAGGUGCCCCUAGUUCAGCACAUCUACAACGAUAUGAUUGAUAUCACCGAACUGAGCGAUGAUAUGGAAGGCCGUCUCCACACCCGUUUUCGCGACAGUCUGUCCCUUGAGUGGACGAAGAUCUAUCGGGGCAGGAACUACCGGUCCUGGGAGGGUUGGUGGAAGGACUUCCGGAACAUCGAUGUGGACAUCUACGAGCAGCUGAAGAACUUCGAUUGCUUCAAUGUGAAGUACAACUUCAUGAUGCCUGCAGGUGAUGCCGCUGCCAGCAAACUGAUCAAGCUGGUCACCAUCGCACUUGAAAAGAAUCGUAACGACUAUCUGGGGAACAUGAAGAUCGUAUACGCCAUGAUGGACCGCCAUGUCCUGGGAAACCUGUCCAUGGAAGCCACUGCUCAGCUGCAGGACAUCAUCCGAUCGGUGCCCAAUCACCUGUGGAUCUUCAAGCUGCGCUGCAUGGUCUACGUGUGGUACAACUACAGCCAGGUGAUGAAGUCCAAGGACACCGGCGAUAAGAAGUACCAGAUGGUCCUCAAGCAGUGGAAGAGCCCCGUCAUUCACUGGAUAGCCAAGCAGGCCUUCUUCGAGCUGAAGAACAUCAGCAAGUCGGAGUUUCCCCAAUAUCGCGAGCUCUACGGCGCGGCCAGCAAGGCUGUCAAAAAAACCUAAUUUUCCCAUUGUCUUUUGGUUUAUAUAAAUAAGCAUAUAAAUGUAAUUAAAUACAUUCAAUUUGAUGGGGGCCAAUUGAAA